AUGGACGAGCUCUUGGAGCACGUGUCCUCACAAGGUAUCGUUUCAGCUCCCAUUGAGGAGUCGUUCAAGCCCAUGGGUGGCCUGGCCAAGGAGAUUUGA